AUGGAGAGCCUCACCGAACUUCAGAACCCACUGCUGGACAAAAGCACUCGUCACGCGGUGCAUAAUGAUUACCAAGGUUACCAGUGCGACUACACGGGACAGCCCUACCAGGACGGCCUCAACGGGUACUACUACACCGGGACUAACGGGAAGCACAAGACCAAGCAGUACCUGGACGCCACCUCUCUGCACGUGGCGGUGGAGGCCUUUUACAAACCGGGAUUCAUCGUGUGUAAAGACGACGUCAGCCUUCACAGCAAGGACUCCAAGAGCGAGAGCUUCGAGACCACCUUCACCGAGGACAAGGAUACGGAGGCGGUCGCCACGGAGAUCGUCCUGGACAGCACGCCGGCUACGGAGAACGACGUGAAGAUCCAGACUGUGUCCUACGAUGUGGAGGAGGAGCAUGUGCCAGAGUUUGAGAGUGACAGCUCCAGUGAUAGCGAGAGUGAGGAUAACUUCAUUGUCCUACCCCCGCGGGACUACCUGGGUCUCGCCAUCUUCUCCAUGCUCUGCUGCUUCUGGCCCCUGGGCAUUGUUGCCUUUUACUACUCUCACAAGACCGGCAAGGCCAUUUCAAAGGGAGACUUCUCCAGAGCCGGAAUGAGCUCCAGAAGAACUCUAUUCCUGGCCGCUCUCUCUGUCACGGUGGGAACGGGGAUGUACGUGGGUGUGGUCGUGGCCCUCAUCGCCUACCUGUCCAAACCUGGCCACGUAUAG